AUGUUUAAGGUACUUUUCCUCGCCACCAUCGCCAUGGCUGCCGCCAAGCCUGGUUUUGCGCCCGCCGCUUUAGUGGCCGCACCAGCUCCUCUCGUAGCAGCCCCCGCUCCAGUCGUCACUGCCUCGAGCUCACAAUACAUCGCGAGGAACUACAACGGCGUCGUGGCCGCACCUUUGGUGGCAGCGCCCGCUCCUCUAGUGGCUGCGCCUGCAGCAUACGUCGCACCAGCAGCCAAGAUCGUCGCUCCAGCUGCCCCCAUAAUAUCCGCUGCCGCCCCAGUAUAUGCCCGAUAUGCCUCGCCGUAUGUAGCUGCCCCAUAUGCUCCUGCUCCCUACGUUGCUGCACCAAGUUAUGUGGCUUAU